AUGGUCUCCCACCACGGCUGGGACUGGAACACCACCUCCGGCCCCCCCUGCGCCUGGGAAACCGGCAACAAAUCCGCCGAAAAAUACCACCACACUAUCGCCUGGCUCGACACGCUCUACCGCAGCGGCACCUCGCUCGGCGCCACCGAACUCGAGGCGCCGCAGCACAUCGCGGAGCUCGAGGCCGCCGCCGCCGACCUCACCCUGCGCGCCCCCGCCGAGCCGGCCGCGGCGACCUUCGAGAUCAUCGGCGCGUGCAGCGACGCGCCUGUCGUGGGCGGCUGGGACGAGCCGCCGCCGCCGGCGGCGCCAGAGGAGGUCGAUGCGCUGAUGUGGAAGGGCGUCAAGACGUUCACGGUGCCGGUGCUGGGCGAGUGUCCGGGGCCGGAGGAGCAGGAGCGGCUGGAGAGGAUGGAGGGGCGGCAGCAGGGGAAGGAGGGGCGGCAGGGGCAGGGGCAGGGGAGGGGGGGUGGCGGGUAUAGGGGGCGUAAGAACGACGGGGGGAAUGCUAGCUGGUAUCGUGGGGGUGGCGGACACCGGGGGAGGGGGUGGAGGGGCGGCGGGAGGGGCGGCGGCGGAGGCGGUAGGUAUGGGGGACAGGGGCAGGGGCAGGGGCAGGGGCAGGGGCAGGGGCAGGGACAGAACCAUGGGCAGUGGAAUAACUAUCAUCAUCAUGAUAAUGCCGUCCAGGCACCCCCUACAGCACCGCCACCACACAAGUCGAGGCCUACCAAUGCGGGCCGCGAGGAGCAGGACCCGGAGCCGACGUGGGGCGACCCGAAUGCAAAGUGGGGGUCGCCGAAGAAUACGCGCUAUCGGUGGUAG